CUUUUCUUUCCCUUUCUUUUUGCCCCCCUCCUAGACUCGUCUAUAUGUGAUUGUGUAUCCCCACCAACCCCCCUCCCCCGGUUUCGUCUUCCUCAUUCACUUGUGGUCGCGAGUCUCGCGCACAGGUGGUACACCCUCUCGUCGUUGACCAGCUGGAUCUCCAUACUAUGAUCUUCUUCCGACCGACAUCGCAAGCGUCAUCAUCCUCCCAGUACGCUUUGACAGAACGAUGAAUUCCUUCGAGGACCGUAGUAUGGGGAACCAGACCUUCAACGGGGUCUGUCCGCCCCCAUUCCUCCAAGAAUCCCUCUUCCCCUCCGAGGGUGGAUUUAUCGAGGGGCGUUAUUGCAAAAAGAUCCCCCUCAUGGGCAUAGAGGCGUCUUGCUGUCUACCAUGCCCCAUGGCCGAAUGGCGAUACGGUGAAGACAUCGAGCCCAAGUCGCAGAUCGCUUCCUGGCUGGCCGUGGCCACUCUGCCUCUCUGUAUUUUUAUACUCCUCUCAUAUGUCGUACUUCCCGUGAAGGUGACACAUCGACAUUAUCUGAGCAUAUGCAUUACGCUCGGGAUAGCCUUUAUGGAGAUUGCGUUCAUCAUCCCUCUUGGGAUCAAACCGAAUCAAUGCUACAAUCCAAUCACCCCGAAUGAUAUGUAUUCCGACAUCUCCUGUGCAUUUACAGGGGCGUUUCUUCUCUUCGGGGGGUGGAUGGUCAUCAUGUGGAGUUUCAUCCGCACCGUGGCGUUCCAUCUUCAGGUCUGCUGGGAGGUGAUUAUCGGCAAGAAAUUCAUGUACGGAGCCUUGAUCUGCGGUUGGGGCAUCCCCGCCAUCGGGCUCGCCGUGAUGAUGGUCUUUACGGGCGUGUCGUAUCGAUUCGGGGGCACCUGCCACGUCAACAUCAAGCACAGUGUGCAAGACUACUGGGCACCGAUGAUGGCAUUUGCCGCGGCGGCGCUGGUGGUGCAGAUGGUCACCAUGGGCUACUGCAUCCGCAUCUACGUCAAGUCUGUCUUCGACCAAAGCUCCACGACCAACAGCUCCGCGCUGCCGUCAUACUCGGCCAGCGUCCGCACCGUGUCCGCCCGCCACGCCUACCGCCGUAUCCGGCGCGUGCUGCAGCUACAGUGGCGCGGCGCGGCUCUAAUUCUCAUUAUCAUCGGCAACGUGAUCUUCUUCGCCGUCAUCUUCAUGACCAUGGACCGCCAGCUCGAGGUGACGCCGGAAAACACGGUCGAGGCGAUGCCGUGGCUCCUGUGCCUGAUCGAAAAGAAAGGCGACAGCGCGGCCUGCGCCCACGAGUUCACCAAUCUAGGUCCCAACGAGGCCACCCUGCUGGCCGUUCUCAUCCUGCUGUCGCUAGUCGGCCUCUGGAACUUCAUCCUCUUAGCGCGCCCAUCCAUGUUCACCGGCUGGAUCGACCUCUUCCGCUCCAGGCGCAGCCAACGCAACGAGUUUGUCUCGGUCGACGCGCGCAAACGCCAGCCGACCGACCCGCGGACCUACGAGAUGCUCAACUCCAUGAAGAGCCCCGACUCCGCCGUCUUACGCACCCCCAGUCCCGCCUUCACAGCCGGCACCCUGAGCCCGGUGCCCGGGGCCGGCUCGCAUGGCCGCGACGCGCGCUACGUGCGUCCAUCAAUGAGCUUCUCAGGGCCACGGCCCCCGACAUCCCCACGGGGUGGACCCGAACGCGAAUGGGAUCCAGAAUCCACGUUCGCCCGCGGCACGACCUACCGGGGGGCGUGAUCCACUACACUUUUUGCAGGAAUUACAAAAAAAAGGAACGGAAGUUGUAUAUUCACAUUUGGCGCCAGCGUAUUAUGCAUUCUGACGAUGCACGACUCUACUAUACCCCUGUUUGACCACGACUACUUUACAUGAUACACCAUAC